AUGUUUUAUCACCUAUUCACUAUUGGAUAUUUGAUAGCAAAUGUAAAAUCUUUUCCUGUAUCAGCCUCAACUCCAAUUGAUCGAUUUGCGAAAGAUUUUCUUUUCCAAUUUGGAUAUUAUGAGAAUCAUUUGGGAUAUGGAGAAGAUGUGAAAAAUAAUGAAGAAAUGACGAGAAAAGCAAUUAGUGAGAAUGUGACGAAGGAGGAGAUCAGAGCCGCUGCUCGUUUAGCCUUCGACAAAUGGGAAGAGGUGACUCCUCUGCAAUUUCACGAGGUUCCAUCAAAUGGAACACUUAAACUCAGCUUCGAGAUAGGCGCUCACAAACGACCCGGUUAUUUGUGUGAUCCAUUUGAUGCUGAUGGCCCAGUCUAUGCCCAUACCCUCGAGAAACUCGGUCUUGUUCAUUUCAAUGAUGAGAAGCAAUGGACCUUUCGGAACCAGAGACAGAUUGUAAGCGGCUUCCUCGACUUGAUCGCCGUUGCAGUACACGAGAUCGGCCAUGCAAUCGGGCUCAAUCAUUUGCCAAAUCCCGAUGCAAUCAUGUAUUCGGUCUAUGAUACGGAAAUCAGACGUAACGGGAAAUACGUUGAACCAAAGUUACAUCAGGAUGACAUUGACGCUGCUCAAAGAGUUCAUGGGAGUAAAACAACCGCCACUACAGCCGAUGCAGCCACUACAGUAGCCACAAAAAUUGCUACUCCUUCUACUCCAGCCGAAACAACUAAAGCCUCACCGAACCGAGUCUCAUCGUCUUCUUGUCCAACAAAAAUCGAUCAUUUCUUUGCAGUAGCAGACCAGGAAUUUAUUGUUGAUGGAGCACAGCUUUUUCAGCUAGAUCAUUGGAGGAUUGAAAAGGUUUUGCCGAUUCACAAAGUUUUCCCCAAAAUCCCCCAAAAUAUUGAUGCUAUCGUUUUCGAGCCAAUCAACAGGAAAGUAAUCUUUUUCACGAGAACUGAGAAUGGUUCUUAUGCUUAUAUCUACUUCUUCAGUCUACAUUUCAAUGAAUAUUUGAGAGAAUAUGAGCGAUUAGUGCGUGGCUAUCCGACCAAUGUCACUGGAGCUAUUCAAGCCUCGAACGGAAAGAUUUUGCUCGUUGAUCAAAACAGCAAUUUAUUCGAACUCAAUGUGAUCACAUUCAACGUGACCGUUUAUCAGGGAAAAGAUUUUCGAUCGUUUCCACGAAAUGUCAGGGGGGCUUUUCAACUCACCGAUGAAAUCUAUCUCUUGAUGAAACCCCGAGAAUUCAUCGUUUACAAUCGAGUGACAACCGAUGCCGAAGGGAAUUCCAUCAUAGAACUGAUGUGU